GACCGCAAACUGUCGUCACACGAAGUAGCUGAAAUAGCGUACGCCGAUCGCAAAUCAACUAAAUUGUAGCAGAAUAAUAGAAAAGUUAACAGCGCGCGAAAUCAUUGAAAAUAACCCGAUAAUUGUUGCACUCGUUGCACUUGCCGCAACAUCCUGCCCUUUAACUUUUGCCCCAGUAAAUAUAUGAGCCACGCGCAUUUCCAGAGUCAACUAGCACAAAACACGACGUUUCAUAAUGUUGACUAAACUAUUCAUUUUCUAUUUUACGUUUAAAGUGAUCGUAGCUCAGAUAAAUGGCGAAUUCUGGUGGUUAAAUGAUAAAUUGUUGAAAUUGUAUAAAGUAGAGCCGCCGCAACCUAAAUUUGAAGAUAUCGGAGAAUUCGAUACAGAUGAAAGUGCUAAAAUUGUGUUUAGAGAUAACCAGUUUGACGCUACACAAAAAGAUGAAACAUUUAGUGAUACAACUACAGUAAAAACGAAAGAUAUUGAAGCAAUUAUUCAUUUCAAGGAUCACAGUAAAUUGUUAAACCCAAUUGAAGUCGCAAACAAAACAGAAGCUUUUGAAACUCAGAAUAGAAUUGACACAGUUGGUGAACUUAAAAAAGACGACAAUAAUUAUAAGGAAGAUAUUUUUAAUUUUGUAUUCCCAGAUGAUGUGGCAUCUUUUAAGAGUGACAAAAAUAAAAACAAUACAAAUAAUGUACACGCUUAUAGAUCAGAAAGUUUUGUCAAUAAUGUUAACAAAAGUGAAACGUUAAAUAAUAGAAUAUUUAAUAGUACAGAAGAAGACGCGUCAUUGGCGGAAAAUAUAUGCACUUAUAUGAAAAAAUCUGAUUGUAGUCGAUGCAAUGGAUUUCCAUAUAUACCAGAAAAUCAAUUGAGUCAUUUAAAAUCUGCAAUCAACAUUCAAAAUGUUUGUUGCAUACUUCCAUUAACCAAAACAACACCAUCAAAAAUAAGGUUCCCCAGUAGUGACUAUUAUAAUAGAAUAAAACGUUCCAAUAAUGACGAUAAUAUAAGUCCAGUUCUAAAACAACGGAAAAAUCUUAUGGAAAGGAAAUAUGGAACACAAACAACUGCAUCUACAAUAGCACAGAAAAUUGUAACACCGGACGAAGAAUAUAUCGAUCCAUAUUUGAAUAUAAAAAAUACUAAUUUUAAAGAAAAAGUUAAUGAUUUCAAAAGCUCUCAAGAAGAUAACAACAAUGAUUACAUUUACAAUGAUUACUAUGCGGCAGAAUUACCUAAGCCAAGUUUAGUGGGACUGUAUUCAGACCAUAGUCCUCCAAAUUGGUCUUUUGUACAUCCAAACAAAGAGUAUUCUUAUAAUAAUGAUGAUAGUGUUGAAGAAGAAAUUCCAUCAUUUGGAUAUUCAACUAUUGAUCCUAGACAAGCAGGUUCUUCAUCGAUCGCUCCAAACUUUAAACCUAGACUUUUAAAACUUUCCUCUGCCUCAGACAGAAUGUUUAAUUCAGAAAGAUAUUCAGUUAGUUAUCAUUCAAAUCCUGAUUUUCAAGUUCUGCAAGGAUUUAAAUUGUUGAAUUUAAAGAAUAGAGUACAACCUCCUGUACGUACUUUAAGAAGACCUACAACUGCAGAAAGUCUUACAGAUAGUGGCGAGAAAAUGUUCCAAUCAGAAUCCAGUGUAGACGAGGAUUACGACGACUAUGCAGACGUUACAGAGACAUUUUACAAGAAUUGCGGAAGGACAAAAGAAGACAAUGAUCACAUUUAUGACUGUGAUAGUACACUGGGCGACUCACCAAGAGGGGCACAUCCCUGGCUCCUGCUCGUCACACUCAGCAAACGUCGGCAAAGCAUACUCUGCUAUGCGACGCUGAUACAUCCGCGCGCGGCCGUCACCACCGCUGACUGUACUUAUGAAAUGAAAAGUGAAAUUACUAUAGUAGCCGGAGCGUGGGAUCUGAAGGAGGAAAAACGUGGACACUUGCAGUACCGCAAGCCGUCAGUCCGCGCGCAUCAGCAAUAUACACCAGGAAAACUAGCCUACAAUAUUGCAUUACUCUACUGGAGAUAUCCACUACGAUUGGAUUUCUAUGUGCAACCGGCGUGCUUGUCAGAUAACACCGGUAACGACUGCAUCUUCGUUGGUUGGGGCGGGUACGAUCAAGGUGUAAGAGAGCGUCCACGUUGGCAACGAGCAUCUAUUUUGUCUUCUGAAAAUUGUGCUGAAAAUAUGUCAAAUGAACAUGAAUUUGAUCUUUCAAUAGAUACAUUUUGUGCUUCCGUUGAUUCCAAGACCACUGUUACGGGGCCCGGUGGACCUUUGAUGUGUAAAACGAACGAUGUAUUCUACGUAGCGGGCUUGUCUGUGUGGCGUAAUCACGUUGUAGUACUGAUGCGGCCGCGGGAAUGGACAAUACGCGCUAUGGCAGCUUUGGGAAUUAACUGAACAAUAAAGGUGGCGGGUUCACGCGAUCACGAGCGGCUCGUCGUCCGAGAACCCUUGUAUAGGAGGCACGUCGUCGUCGUCUG